UCUGGGAGGUGUAGUCCGUGGCCACUCGGACUCCAAUUCCCAGCGGGCUUCGGGGCGGGAACCCGGAAGGGGAGGCUGGAGAGGAGCGAGUGGGGGAAACCCGCGUAGCCGAGAAGAGCUGCGGCGCGGAGAGAUGGUGGCCUGCGGAGCCUCCCCUGACCAUCCAGGCAGGUCCUGAAAUGCGGUGAACCCCGGCCUGUCUGCUACCGUUUCCCAGGAUGGACCGCAGCGGCCUCCUGCCCUUCCAGCUCUGGUGCCCCCGGCCCUUUGGCACCUACUCCCAGAACCAGCCGCGCCCGCCUGCCGCGGCCCUCAAGCCAUCAGCCUGCCCAGAGCCGGGCAGCGGGGCCGAGCCAGACCACGGGCCUGCCCACUCAGAGAACACCCCGCCCACCUUGGCCACGGAGGCCCCUGCCUCCCAGCCUGCCCCGCUCCUCUCCGCAGCAGCUGCUGGCGAUGAGGGGCGAGUCCUGCUGGACACGUGGUACGUGAUCAAGCCCGGGAAUACAAAGGAGAAGGUGGCCUUCUUUGUGGCCCACCAGUGUGGUGGGGGCAGCCGGGCCAGCUCCAUGAAGGUCAAGGGGCACUGGGGCAGUGACAGCUCCAAGGCCAAGCGGAGGAGGCGCUGUCUUGAGCCUACUAAGGCUCCACCGGACCCAGGGGGCCGAGAGGGGCCCCCUGCCACUGAAGGGGCCCCGGCCUCAGCUGGUGAGGAUGUAGACCUGCUCUCUGUGGCCGAGAUGGUGGCCCUGGUGGAACAGCGGGCCGCCCUGGCCCUGCAGAACUACCCACGCCCCGGCACCCCGGCGCCUGUGGUCUUCGUGUCGGCUGAGCAGGGUGGGCCUGCCAAAGGGCUGGGGUCCGAGCGGAGGUCUGGUGGCGGGGACUGUAGCCGCGUAGCUGAGGCAGUGGCCCACUUUGAGGCCCAGCGGGACAGCCCUCCAGCCAAAGGCCUCCGCAAAGAGGAGCGGCCUGGGCCCGGCCCAGGGGAGGUGCGCAUCGCCUUUCGUAUCUCCAACGGCCGAGAGCCCCGGGCGCCCGACGGCAGCUUGCCCAACGGGAGCAGCGGCCGGCCCGGUUGUGCCUACCCUGGCAGCCCAGGCCCCGGGGCCCGAGCCAAGGACAAGAUCACCUGUGACCUGUACCAGCUCAUCAGCCCCUCUCGGGAUGCCCUGCCCAGCAAUGUGGAGUUCCUUCUGGCUCGGGCGGAUGAAGCCAGCGAGGGGGAGAGCCCGGUCCCUGCCAGGCCUGAGGACACUCCCCCGGCGCCCCCUCCACCCCCUGCCCGGGACUGCGGCGCGUCAGGCUUCCACGUGGACGUGGUAGUGACGGGUGUGGUGGACGAGUGCAUCUUCUUUGGCAAGGAUGGCACCAAGAAUGUGAAAGAGGAGACGGUGUGCCUGACGGUCAGCCCCGAGGAGCCGCCCCCACCGGGCCAGCUCUUCUUCCUCCAGUCCCGGGGUCCGGACGGGCCCCCCGAGCCGCCCCCAGCCGACUCCCCCACCACCGCGCCAGGCCCGGACGACGCUGAGGGGACAGCGGACACCUCCCUGUGCCGCCUGUAUCGGCACGUGUCGCACGACUUCCUGGAGAUCCGCUUCAAGAUCCAGCGGCUGCUGGAGCCGCGGCAGUACAUGCUGCUGCUGCCCGAGCACGUGCUGGUGAAGAUCUUCAGCUUCCUGCCCACGCGGGCCCUGGCGGCCCUCAAGUGCACCUGCCACCACUUCAAGGGCAUCAUUGAGGCGUUCGGUGUGCGGGCCACAGACUCGCGCUGGAGCCGCGACCCCCUGUAUCGCGAUGACCCUUGCAAGCAGUGCCGCAAGAGAUACGAGAAGGGUGACGUGUCGCUCUGCCGCUGGCACCCGAAGCCCUACCACCACGACCUGCCUUACGGACGUUCCUACUGGAUGUGCUGCCGCCGAGCGGACCGCGAGACGCCUGGCUGCCGCCUGGGGACAAGCAGACAGAAGUCAAGGCCAAGCCUGCCCAAGGUGGGAAAUCUCACAGGAGCUGGGAUCCCACCAAACUACAAGCUCCAGUAAGGAUGACCCAGAAGACUGCAGAGAAGAUGUUCUAAACACUGAGGGGAGGGGCGCCUGGGUGGCUCUGUCAGUGAAGCACCCGACUUUGGCUCAGGUCAUGACCUCACGGUUCGUGAGUUCAAGCCCCGUGUUAGGCUCUGUGCUGACAGCUCAGAGCCUGGAACCUGUUUGAGAUUCUGUGUCUCUCUCUCUCAAAAAUAAACAUUAAAAAAAAUUUUUUUUUUUAAAUAACACUGAGGGGAGCACAAGACCAAAGGAGAGAAAAAAGUGGACCCCAAGAAUUCAUGGACACAGGCUGGCCCUUGGCUCAGGUUUGUGGCCCAGGUUUGUAUCAUCUGUGUUGCAGGGUACUUCUUAGCUGAGACGUCUGGCAGAAACAAACAUAAAUCCUCUGGGGUAAGGAACUGUCAUCUAGAAUGCCCGCAAGUGAUUUUUCAGACAAUGACUAGUAGACGGUCACAGACAACAGCAGAAGCAGACUCACAAAGGCUUCACAGGGUGAACCGGUCAGGCACAGGUUAGAAUACAGGUAUCCCCCCCCCUUCCCGAAAGUUCAAGUUAAUUCGCCUCGCCUUUACACAAGACCUACAUUAGUACAGUAACGGCUCUUUUCAUAAAAGUGAAAAUCUUCAGAUCUCUUUCCUUUAGUGAAAAUAGGUACCAGUGUAGGUCUUUUUGUAAAAGUGGUGGGACAUGAACUUUUGGAAAGCAGGGGAUACUCUUUGUGGCUUAUAGGUUUCAUAGGAUUGCUCUAUACAAGAGCUUGGAAAUCUGGGGGGUGGGGAGUGGGCGGAAAGAAGCCACAGGAGCGCCUGGGUGGCUUAGUUGGUUAAGCGUCCAACUAAGCUCAUGUCCCGAUCUCACGGCUAGUGAGUUCGAGCCCC